AUGAUGCAUAAGCUUGAGUAUGAUGAAAGUUAUUGUCUCAACAAUCUUUCCAUUGGAUUUGAUGAGUUUUGUGGCAGGUCAUUGCAAUUACACGAAGCCCCUAUUCUUAAAACCUUGACUCUCAAACUCCAUAAUCACUCUGAUUCCAUAGAUUCUCUGUUGUUUCCAAGUAUUCGUUCCACUCUCCUCAAGAUAUCAAUCACAUCUUCGUCCAAUCCAACUCCUAUCAGAUUCUCAUCUAACCUUAAUGUUUUCAAAACACUCGUCGUGAUGAAACUCCAAGACAAGAUUCUCCUGGAUGUUUCUGCCGAUUCUCCGGUUUGUUUCCGAUCUCUGAAGUCCUUGCACCUCACGCGUGUGAGGUACUCGUGCGAUGAAUCUCUCUCCAGACUUUUAUCAGCUUGUCCUGUUCUUGAAGAUCUCUUCCUCGAAAGACGUCUCCGUGCUGAUAAGUUGUUCACCAUAUCAGUCCCUUCCUUACAGAGAUUGUUCAUCAUUAAACAAGAUAGAUCUUUAUACAACGAUGACCCGAUAUUCGAGAUCAAUGUUCCUUCUUUGAUUUACUUAAUGAUCGAUGACCGCAGAGGUAGUUUCGAUUUCACCGGAGAUAUGCCUAAAUUGGUGGAAGCAAACGUCGCAGUUUGUCAAUCUAAAAGUGGAAAGCUUCUGAAAUCUCUUACUUCCGUUGAACGUCUUUCGAUAAAUUUAUACAUUUCAAUGGUUAAGCAUCUCACGGAUAGAUUCUACUAUAACCAGCUUCUUCAUUUGGAACUACACAUUUACCAAAACUUCAGAUCAAAUCUGCUUUUGCGUGUGCUUCAAGAUACCCCUAAACUUCAAGUUCUUAAACUUAACCAGGGGAGAGCUCACGCUUCUUCUUCUUUUCGAUCUCCUUCGACUCUCGCUCUGAAUUUCUCAAUUAACUUAGAGAUCAAACGUCCUUAG